GCAUUGUAAAGUUUAUUUUCAGAUUACAGGUCGACAUAAGAAGGAAGGGUGACAUUAUGUUGCUGUUGAUACUACUGGGAUGUUUGUCUGUACGAGGUAUGGACGUACCAAUAACCAAACAUUACAAAGGUGGAUUUAAAGCGGAAUUCUGCGAACCAAUCACCAAAGAUUUAAAAACGUGGAGGGGACAUCUUAUUUUCGAUCGCCAUAUUGAUUCACUGGACGUUUAUAAAGCUGAAGUGGCUCAAACUUUAGGCGGAGGAACAGAAUUUAUCUUGACACCAACUAAAGGACAUUUUGAAGUUCAUACCGGUGAAAAGGUUUGCCUUCAUUUCAUUGCCCAUGUUCAAGGCGAUGUUCUAGCUCGGGUACAGUUCUAUAUAGAAGGAAUGGAUGGUAACAAUAUUCAUACUAUUGUUACAAGUAAACCCGACCCAUCAGGUAUCUUGUGGCACAAGAAUGAUUUUAGCACGAACGAUCCUACUGAUGGAUUCUCUAAACUCUCUAAAGGUCAUUUUGACGAGGAUUCUCUGUCCGUGGUGAAUGAUCCCGCGGGUGGUUCUGGUAAAGUAAUGAAAGUUUUUAUCCAGAAAGGACACUAUGUGAAGAUUAGAGGAAAACGGGGAGCCCAGUUCUAUACACAAUCGGUGUAUCCACAUGAAUCCAUGACACUCAGUUAUGACGUAUACUUCAACAAAGGAAUGGAUUUCGUACUCGGUGGUAAACUUCCGGGUCUUUAUGGUGGCGCUACCAACUGUACCGGUGGACGUCAUUCUGAUGCUUGUUUGACGUCACGAUUCAUGUGGCGUUUCAACGGCGAGGGCGAGAUUUACACAUAUAUGCCAGCUCCUACGCAACAGAAGGCGCAUUUCUGUGAUCAGCCUUACAUUAUUUGCGACCCUACUUAUGGUAUUUCACUUGGAAACGGAACUUGGUCGUUUAAGACUGGACGAUGGGAGAACAUAGCACAACAUGUUCACCUCAACACGCCGGGUAAAUUGGACGGUUACGCUAAAAUAUGGUACAAUGGUAAAAAGGUCUACGAGAUUCAUAAUGUCAAUUUCCGAAACCAUGACAACAUCCAGUUAAAGGGGCUAUUUUUCUCGGUAUUUUUUGGUGGAAGUAAAGAAAUAUGGGCGCCUACUGGUGACUCGAGUAUCUAUUUCAAGAAUUUUAUCGUGUCCACCAAAGAAACGAAUCCUCCACAUUUGAUUGGUUGAUCGGUGCGGAUUCCAAUGUUUUCCACAUUUGAUUGGUUGAUAUGUGGGAUUCCAAUAUUCUGCACAUUUGAUUGGUUGAUCUGUUGGGAAACCAAUAUAAAAUAUUUAUUUAUGUAA